AUGGCAGGUUCUACGACGUUAUGUUUCGUGUAUCCAUUGGAUUUCAUUCGUACUAGGUUGUCAGUUGAUGUGGGAACACACAAAUUCAAUAGAGAUUACACGGGAUUCCUGGAUUGCUUCAGGAAGACUGUAAAAUCUGAUGGCUUUUUUGGUUUAUACAGAGGAUUCUUUAUAUCUAUUCAGACGUAUUUCCUAUAUCGUGCUGUUUAUUUUGGUAUGUACGAUACCAUACGAUUGACUGUUGAAAAGGAUAAAAAGAACCUACCUUUCUUUGCAUCUUUUCUCAUUGCCCAGGGUGUGUCUAUUUUCUCGGCAUACCUCACAUAUCCUUGGGAUACAGUUCGGCGAAGAAUGAUGAUUAAAGGAACGCUGAGUACAGGGCGAGCAUUUGGUGCAGCAAAA